AUUCGAAUUUUUCUGAGCAGUGUCUGUGGGACCCAGUUUGCAGCUAUACACAAUUUUUUCGCUUCAAAUUGAUUUCUUGUCUUUCUUCUGUCUUCUGGAGCUCAUUCAAGAAAUUCUUUGCUCUUUCAUCGACCCUUUUUGAGUUGUUGAAUGUCCAAGAUUUUCAAUUCUUUGUUUCUUCAAGCAAGAGAUGCAAUCUGGGCUUUGAAGAUUGGGUAUGCUAAUCAUAUGCUUUGCAAGUAUUUCAAGAAUAUGAUUACUUGUUCAUUGGAUUUGUUUAAGGGAUGAAAGGAUAUCAAAUGUAACGCGUGGAAUCAUUGCAGUGCAAAGUUGACAAAACUCAAGUAACUACAGAAAGCAGGAAAAUAGGCAUUCCACGAAAUUAAAGUUUGGGCAUCUGUCCAGUGUAGAGAGAAUUCCACUUCUCUCACAAUGCCAUCAGUCAGUCCUACUGCUUCAUUAAGAAGCACUGAGAGCUCUGUAUCAAGUUGCAGUGACAUUUCAGUUGACACAAACUUUGACGACCGGGUAUAUGUGGAAGACAGCAGCACAGACAGCGGUCAAGAAGAUUCCGAUGCUUUAUCAAAGGGGCAUCUGGAUGACUCAAACUUACCAGUUAAAUUGAACGGUUUUCAUCAUAUCAGUAGCUUGGUGAAACAUGACUCUGGCGAAGUUCGAAAUGUUGACAACUUUAGAAGCAUCAGAAAUGCAGAAAGCGUAGGAACCUUUGAAGUUCAGGAAGCAGACAAGAGUACAGAAAGAGUGAGUUCAUCUGUUGAGAUAUCUGGGAUAUCUCUUUCAAACAAUGAAUUGGAUGCUGAAUUUUGGCUACCUCCAGAACCAGAAGAUGAGGAGGAUGAUAUAAUAGGUAGCGUUGCGAAUUAUGACGAUGAUGAAGAUGAAUGUGGUGAUGGUGUCAGCUGGAGUAAACCUAGUUCUUUAAGCAGCUUUGGAGAAGAAGGCAGUGGAAGUUACAAGUUCAAAGAGGAAAAGCUUAAAGCAAUGAACAAUGUCAGGAACGGGAAAUUUAUGGCCCUUGUUAGUCAACUUAUUAAGUCCGUGGGUGUUGAUUGUUCAGGAAAUUCUGGUGAGAAUUGGGUGGAUAUAGUGACUUCUUUAUCAUGGGAGGCUGCUGCUUUUUUGAAGCCCGAUACACAUGAGGGUCAGAUGAUGGAUCCUGAUGGAUAUGUGAAGGUUAAAUGUAUUGCCACUGGUUUACGUACCCAAAGUCAAGUAAUCAAAGGGCUAGUCUUCAAAAAGCAUGCUGCUCACAAACACAUGCCUACAAAGUACAAAAACCCGAGGCUGCUGCUGAUCCAUGGCUCGCUAGAUCUUUCUUCUGGUGGAUUGUCAUCAUUUGAAUCAAUGCAGCAGGAAAAGGACAGUUUGAAAUUGAUUAUUGAGAUGAUAGAGAUGUGCCAUCCCAAUGUUAUUUUAGUCGAGAAAUCAGUUUCUCGUGACAUACAAGAGUCUAUUCUUGCAAAAGGGAUAACACUAGUCUAUGAUAUGAAGCUCCACCGACUAGAGAGAGUUGCUCGCUGUAUUGGUUCACCUUUAUUGUCAGCGGAGAUUGCAAUAGGUAAAAAACUUAGGCAGUGUGAUUCCUUUCGCAUUGAGAAAUUUGUGGAAGAACAUGCUGUUGCAGGUGAGGGUGGAAAAAGACCUAGUAAAACUUUGUUGUUCCUUGAGGGGUCUCCUACUCGGCUUGGAUGCACGGUUCUGCUGAUGGGAGCUAACAGCAAUGAAUUGAAAAGAAUUAAAUGUGUUGUCCGGUGUGCAGUUGUCAUGGCAUAUCAUUUAAUGCUUGAGACUUCUUUCCUUCUAGAUCAAAGUGCAAUGUUCUCCACGAUUUCUUCUACUGAGGUAGACCUGGCUUUUACCAACAAACAAUUGACACCAGUUGGCACUGAUGAGACCAAUGUAAAAGGACAGAAGGAAUCUGAUGCAGAAAUAAACGAGUCAUUCACACUUGAUGUUCCCGCUUCUAAUGGCUUCCAUCGAAUGGGGUCACAGAACCUAAUCGCAUCUUCAGGGGACAAUUCUUCAUUGUCGUUUCAGUCAUUGAACCUAGAAACAUUUCCAGGAUUAUCUCAUUCAACAUCUAUUCAAGAACUUACAAAUGAUAGUUUUCCUCUUUUCUCUGACUCUUCGGAGAGUAUGCCCAGUGCACUUCGUUUUGAUGGAAGAAAUCAGGUUGGUCAGGCUGAAAAUGAAAUUCACAUUUCCAGUGCUCGAGGUCUGGAGGUUGUAGAUCACCAUGAUGACAGGCCAAAAGCUAAACUUGAGGAAAAUAAUUUGCUUGGUAAUGAGCAGUCGAAUCGACCAGAAUGUUCAGAUACAUGGAGCCAUUGUGAUAGUCUUGAAGAUCACAUGCUUGGGAAGGAUGAGAUCAGUACAGUCCUAGAUUCUGAAAGCAUUUUAGUUCUGAUGUCCAGCCGCAAUGCUUCAAGAGGGACUAUGUGUGAGCAGAGUCAUUUUUCUCAUAUUAAGUUCUACCGGAGUUUCGAUGUUCCUCUUGGAAAGUUUCUGUGUCAUAAUUUGCUCAAUCAGAAACUUCAGUGCAAGACUUGUGGAGAAUCCACUGAGGUGCACUUUUUCUACUAUGCACAUCACAAUAAGCAACUUACUAUCCAAGUUUGUCAUCUUCCUUCCAGAAAAAGUUUGCCUGGGGAAAGUGAAGGCAAACUUUGGAUGUGGAGUCGUUGUGGUCAGUGUAAAUUCCGUGAUGGAAGCUCAAAAUCUACAAAAAGGGUAUUGAUGUCAGCUGCUGCCCGUGGUUUAUCAUUUGGGAAGUUUUUGGAACUCAGUUUUUCAAACCAUUCCUCGUUCAAUAGUCCAUCCAGCUGUGGUCAUUCUCUCCAUAAGGAUUUCAUAUACUUCUUUGGACUAGGCCCCAUGGUUGCAAUGUUCAAGUACUCAGCAGUUGCAACUUAUUCAGUGUCUCUGCCACCUCAGAAGAUGGAGGUCAACUCUAAAGUCAGAGGAGAGUUUCUUAAGAAAGAUUCUGAGCAUGUGUAUUCAAAAGGGAUUUCAAUGUUCAGUGAUAUAGAAAAGUCUUUGAAGGACAUAGGAAGUCGAUAUGUUGGGGUAACUCUGAACAUUCAUGGAUCAAGCAAGCAAUUUUCUGAUAUCGUAGAGAUGUUGAAGCAGGAGAAAUCUCAAUUUGAGGUUGACAUUCAGAAUGUCUCUAAGAAUGAAAGUGAAGAUGAUGCUGUGCGUAAACUUCUAAGCUUGAAUAGAGUCCGACUGGAACUUCUUCUUGAAUCAUGUGUAUGGGAUCGUAGGUUACAUGCAUUACUCUCAUCUGAUCUUAAAAUGGUUAAUACUGAUUCAAUGGGCUCAGAAGCACAAGAAAACCUACUCAGAGACAAUGUAAUUGAUGAACAAGAAUUUGGUAAGGCUAACAUUUCUGUGGGAAAUUGUGAUAGUGCUCCAGAAAAUUCUUCUGGAUCCGAAAUUAAGCGGGCUGCAUCAGUUGAAGCUAAUGAUUUUCCAAUUAAAGAGAUUCAGAUUGAUGGGCAAGUUGAGGAAUCUAGAGGACAUAAGUCAUGGUCUACAUCUUGUGGCACCAAUGAUGUUGCAAGGCCAAAUAUUGGCGGAUGGAAUGAAAAUGGAUUAGCAGUUCAUGAAUUCUUGGUGGGACAAAAUUCAGAAGAUCAUUCUGAUGCUGUUGAGGGAAACUCCCUUCAUGAUACUAUAUUUUCAUCUGUGGAAGUGCAAAUGGGUAAGGAAACGUCAAUAGCUACUGAUAUGGAAGAUGCUGGUUCUGAUUCAAACCAUUCUCCAAGAGAAAAGCACCAUCAUUCUUUGUUUUCCAACUUAGAAAAUGAUAAGGGUUGGAUCUGGGCCCCCUUUACCGACAUUCGACGUGAAUAUAUGGAGGAUCUCCAGAGAGGUUACUUGCCAAAAAUUGUCUCUUUCAGCAGCUAUGCUGCAGAAUCUAUGGCUCAGAAACUGAUUACUGAUGAGGGCUCAAGGCUGCACAUUCCUCUUGGUAAUCAUGACUAUAUAGUUUCUGACUAUGAAGAUGAAUUCUCAAGCAUAAUAGCUUGUGCACUGACUUUAGUGAAGGAUGUGGCAAUUGCAACAGAGGAUCUGGCUGAGGAUGCUCCGAAAGAAAGAGCAAACGAGAGUUCUCAGAGUCUGACAAGAGUGUUUUCCUUUAACGCUCCUAAUUGGUCUUCAUUAAGUUCCUUGGAUUCCGAUGGCAUGCAUUCUCCACCUGCCAACUUGACACAUUCACAUUCAUCAAGUUUUGAUGGUUUAGAUUUGUUAGAUUCAUUCGUCUCCUAUGGUGCUAGCCACCCGGAAGUCUCUAUGGGUUUGGGAAAAUACCAAGCAAAACGUAAAUAUUCUGUCGUAUGCCUGUAUGCGAGCCAAUUUCGUCAGUUGCGAGCUCGGUGCUGUCCUUCUGAAGUCGAUUAUAUUGCUUCCCUAAGCCGUUGUAGGAAUUGGGAUGCCAAAGGUGGAAAGAGUAAAUCUUUCUUCGCUAUAACGCUAGAUGAUCGUUUUAUUAUCAAGGAAAUUAAGAGAACGGAAUUUGAUUCAUUCAUGAAGUUCGCCACAAACUAUUUUGACUACAUGAAUCAAUGCUAUGAGCUGGGAAAUCAGACCUGCCUUGCUAAAAUUCUCGGCAUCUACCAGGUUGCCAUAAAAGCAACGAAAAAUGGGAAGGAGACUAGACAUGAUCUCCUUGUGAUGGAGAAUCUUUCAUUUGGUCGGCAUAUAGCUAGACAGUAUGAUCUUAAAGGAGCUCUGCAUGCUCGAUUUAAUAGUGCUGGCAAUAAUUCAGGAGACGUUCUUUUGGAUCAAAAUUUCGUCAACGAUAUGAAUGUUUCACCUCUUUAUGUUAGUAGGAAAUCGAAGCGAAAUCUGCAGCGGGCUAUAUACAAUGACACUAAUUUCCUUAAUUCUAUCAAUGUGAUGGAUUAUUCUCUACUGGUGGGAGUGGAUUCUCAACGUCGUGAGCUAGCAUGUGGCAUCAUAGACUAUCUCAGGCAGUAUACUUGGGACAAGCAACUCGAGAAUUGGGUGAAAUCUUCACUUGUUGUUCCUAAGAACCAGUUGCCUACUAUCAUUUCUCCCAAAGAAUACAAGAAGAGAUUUAGGAAGUUCAUAAAUACACACUUCUUGAGUGUUCCAGAUCAUUGGUGUUCACAGAGAUCUUCCAACCCUUGCAAACUUUGUGGCCCUGCUUUGGAGAAUGGUUCGUUACAUAAGAAGUCCCAAAAGCGAGGAAAUCAGGAUGAUGAUUCAGCCCAUGGUACAUCUCAGAAACAAGGGAAACAUGAUGAUGGUUCCUCCCAUGGUAUAUCUCAGAAACAAGGGAAGCAUGAUGAUGGUUCCUUAAAAUCUCCACAUCACGGUAGACAUAAUGGCUUCUUUGCCUGAUUUCUCUUCGUCCAUCAUCAUUUCGAAAUCAAUUGUCUAUUUCAUAUAUUUGUAUAUAGUUCCUCGCAAUAUUGCGUCUGUUGCUUAUCCUGCAUCUAUUUCUGCAGCAAAGUUCUGGGGGCAUUGGUGUUUUAUAGGUUGUCAUAUGUAGGUUGUACCUAUAAACUUUUGCAUGUAUAUCGUCUCGCGUAAUUGUAAAAAUCGCAUUAUGAGGCUUUUGGAUGAUUUCGGUGGAUGAAAAUGUAAGUUGCAAUCUUACAUGCAUAGGCAAGGUAUUAAAAUACGAUGAUGUUAAUAUUGUUUAAUGUUUGAAACUGAUGAAUAUAUACCAUUUGCAUUUAUAUGUACA